GUCCGCAUGGCGGAGCUUGCAACCGCUCCAUACCUACCUGGUACUGUUUUCAAUUGUGAAUUGUUGCAUCUGAUGCGAGGGACAAAAGUGCAGCCUUGCGCGCGGAUUGAGAGGAGAAAUAAAGUGGAGUGACUGUCCGGCGAAACUAUUUUCCUGCCGCAGCGGACAGUCACUCCGCGCCGAUUGAUACUUUUUAUUUGUACACUGCAGUUCAACUGAACGUCACUUAUAUCCUUUUCGACAGAACAAGCGCCGCGCUGGCUCGUUUGGCCCUGCAUCCUCUCAAGAAAGGCCAAUUCACAGUUGUAUUGCCACUUGGGGCACUCGCUGGGCUCUCUGCAAUGGUGCACUGAGCGUUCACAGUUUGUUUUCGUCUUGGACUAGCCUCAUUAUCUUUCUGCCAGUCGCAGAGUAAUUGGGUUCGACAAAGGUACAGCAUACCUGUUGUACUUGACACGCUCCAGUGAGGAACGACAGACGUGAGAAACUUGAAACAGGCAAGAUGGCAGGUUUCAGCACGCCGAGCACUAGGGGUCAGCAGCCUGCGAAGCAGAUGUCGUCGCGAUUGCUGAACAUGAAGUUCAUGCAAAGGGCAGCGGCAGCAUCUCCGAGCGGCGCAGCAACCACCCAGACACCAUCCACCGAACCAUCUUCCAAGCGCCGGCGCAUUGAAGACACGACCGUUUCUCCUUCAGCAUCAGCUCCUGGUACUCCUGCUUCCGCAUCAGGCACUCCGCAUUCCUCAGCCGACGUACAAACCACCAGCCUGGGAGUAGCAAGGGGAGGGCUAAGCACAUUCAACCGCGGCGAUGGCGCUGAUACGGAAUGGGUUUUGGAUCUGAACAUGACAUUCCCCGCCACUGCGAAGGUCGACGUAUCACACCCAUCGGCAAAUGGACAGAUGAAUGGAGGAAACCCUUCGAGAAACUCAACCAGGCAAGGCCAGGCUUCUGAGGGGUCCGAGGACGAAGACAUAUGGUCAAACCAGCCGAGUGGUAGACAGACCUACGGGUCGUUCAAGCACAAACGCAGAUCCAAGACAGCACAGGGAGACCUCGAGGACAAUGGCGACUUGAGUCCAGGGUCAGAAGCCUCGGACACAGACUCCGACUCGGACGAUACAGACCACAAUGGUUCGCGCCAUAGAACGCCGUCUCGACGAGGUAAAACGAAGGCCUCCAAGGCAGCGGAUUCGGACGAAGAGAUGCGCCAGGUCCGAAGAGCUAUGGAGCAGAAACAUAGGAACAUGCAAGGCACCGGAGGGCCACCAGCACGUGGUGGAGGCGGCGGGGGUGGAACUCCGUCCGGUGGAGGAAAACGGAGAAGAGAAGACGGCAACUACAAGAGCCGGAAGAAGUCGAGAAAGACCAUCUGAGGCUGAGCUCGGCCGCCCUGGACAGUAUGAAAGCAGUGCUUCAGUGUCAGUGGCCCCUUACCGUCCGAAUCUUCCUCAAUCAUCGGGGAAAGAAAGCGUCGGUGAUUGGGGUCUUAUGGGGGGCGUGGUCAUGCUCAGCUGUGGGCUCUUUCGAUUCUCUCACUGUCCAGAGACAAGGGCCUCUUGUACGAGUGGAUAUCGUCAGCAGGCAGGACGGUUAUGAUCGUGCAGCAACCUCAGUAUCCGAAAUUCAACAUGCCAGGCCAAGCCGGGCUUACCCCCCUUCGACGCAUAUGUGUCGAGCUACUCGACGACACCGACACCACGAGAGGAUGACCGACGGGCGUAAUGGGUUGGGUAGGUCCACCGCUGACUCCCCUUUAUGAAACGUUGCCGCAAUCAAUCACUCAUCCGACUCUCGGUGCUCUCGAUUCUACAAGGCCUUUUGUUUUGCGGCACGAAAGUCCUGUGAGGAGGUUAUCCCUUUCUUUGGAUGGCGAUGAAAAUUACUUUCACCCGAGGAGGUUAUUGAUAUCAAACUUCGCAAUCCUGGUUAUUGGAGCCCCGAUAUCCAGUGUCAUGCAUCUGAUGCUCUGUUUCCCAAAAGCUCUCCAGGGAGCCCGGGGUCCUUUAACUCCCAUAGUUUCUGAAAAGCCAUCGUGUCUGCUCUGCUGCCCUCGCUUGUGCCUGUGCCAUAUCAUCAAAUGUGUUCUUGUAAUUGUCUGUGCAUGCCUCUGGGCUGUUG